AUGGCCUCCAGCUCUUUUGAGGGCAAGAUUGCCAUAGUCACAGGCGCAAGUAGAGGUGUCGGCAGGGAGAUAGCUAUUCAGUUUGCAAAGAGAGAAAAGACUCUACAAGCAUUCUCAGUCGAUGGCGUCGAUAUCCUGGUGAACAAUGCCGGUCUCAUGAAUCUCUAUCCGAUGGGACAGCUUACCUCUGAAGCGUACCACACAGUCUUCGACACCAACGUCCUGGCACCACUUCUCCUGAUCCAAGCGACGCUACCAGUGAUAAAACCGGGAGGCAGCAUAAUCAAAAUCUCCUCUCGCGCGGCCCGAGUCGCUUUAGGCGGACAAGCUACCAUCUACGCAGCCAGCAAAGCAGCCUUGGAGCAUAUGACUAGGAACUUGGCGACGGCCCAUGCGGCGGAGAGGAAGAUCACAAUUAAUAACGUCUUGCCUGGGGGUAUUGAGACGGAUAUGAUCGCCACGGCGCCGCAGGCUAUGAUUGAUCGGGUGAAAAAUGAUGCCACGGCUGAGAAACGACUUGGCCAGCCUGGGGAGAUUGCUGAUGUUGUUUGUUUUGUUGCUGAAGGUGGUGGUGGUGCGAGGUGGAUCAAUGGGGAUACGAUUUCUGUUUGUGGUGGUGCGGCGAUGUGGUGA